GCUGGCGCAGCAAAAACACAGUACACGGAGCACAGGAAGCAUCCUUAAUUAUAUUUCCUGGAUUCGGUAGCGCUUUUGCAGGUUGGUCUGCGAUGCAAGCGCGACCAAACGUUUUUUUUUUUUUUAUCACAGAAGGAGUUAUUAGAUAAAAUUCCUCGUUUUCCACAAGCCGCUGCCAUUGUGCGGGAGAGGACCAGAUUUUCUUGCGAAGGAGGCCUCUAAUUUGACCACAGUAGGCGAUCAAAUUUAGAAUAAAUAUUUGUAGAUGAUCAUUUGGGGUCGUUUACCGCUGGUUCUUGUGAUUUGAUUAUUAAUUGGCUUGCACAUUAAUAUCAUACGUGCUUGUAGCAAAUUGUACGUUUAAUGUAGACUCACUCAUAUUACGCACGUUACAAAACCCGAUUUAUGUAUAACGUGUUAUUCGAAACCAUUAGAGAUAAUUGCAUGUAUUUCCAAACAGGUGAAACGAUGUCUCUGUGCAUCCCAUUUUAAAAUCCUCAGGGUAAAGAUAAUCAAAUGCGAAGGGGAACACGUUCUGUGAGUGCUCACAUAAAUUGCUUUAUUAUUAUUUUAAAUAAAAACAAAAGGAACCCAUCAAUUACAUUUUUACAUGAAUACACAGUCAAAAUCGUCCACUAGCAAUCAUUUCUGGUAUUGAAUGAUAUCAUCCACUAGGAACUGUUGAUUUGAGCCAAAGAAGAAAACCUGUAUUAGGUAUUAGAAGGACAUUUUAGGGUCUUACAAAGGCCUGUUUUGCACAUUACAAAGCAUCCGUAGCUACUUCUUGAUUUAUUUAUGAUCCUAGGCUGCGCUUUGUUGACCGAUACCUUUUAAAAUCUGCAGCACUCCUACGACUAAGCAUUAUCACUAUUGAUUAAUAACUCCCAAAAGAUCAAAUAAAACCAAAACUAAGUACUUUUCUAACUUUCGGGGCCACCCCAUUGCAAAACAAACCUCCAGUCCAGUGACAUGACUGCAAUUCACAUUCUGCUCCUUCUCCUCUCCUGCACAUUGCUUGUGCGCCAGUGCGAUGGGGCGUGUGCGGAGGUCGACUCGGACACUGAGGCGGUGGCGGGCAAAGGCUUCAAGCUAGGCUGCAUCUCCUGUAAGAUGAGGAGUGAAGUCAAAGCUACCGCCACUGUUGAAUGGUACUUCAAGCCCAGAGGAGAGGUCGACUUUGUGCAGAUCUACACCUACAAUGAAAUGGGCCCCAUGAUCGAGAAUGAAAUCUUCAUGGAUCGUCUGGAUUGGAACGGGAGCAAGAGGAGCACCGACAUCCAAGACGCGUCCAUAUAUAUUCUCAACGUCACCUUCAACGACACGGGGACGUACCGCUGCUUCUUCAACCGCAUCCUCACCUACGACAACUAUGAGAACACCACCGUUAUCAGCAAAGUGGUCCGCCUUAAUGUGGUGGCGAAAGCCACCAGAGGUACAGCUUCCAUCGUGUCUGAAGUCAUGAUGUACGUGACCAUCAUCGGCCUGCAAGUGUGGCUCCUCAUCGAGAUGAUCUACUGCUACAGGAAAAUAUCAGCGGCCGGGGAAGAAGCGUUAAGAGAAGCCGCGAAUGCUGAAUAUUUAGCCAUAGCCUCAGAAAGUAAAGACAACUGUGCAGAUGUGCAGGUUGGAGAAUAGCAAAGGCUGCCCCUUUUUGAUGAUGUCAUCGCUCCUGAACGCCCCCGCUAACUGCAUGAAAGCAAUUUGGAGUAGGGGAACAGAUUGCAUCCUCAUCUCCAGUUCAUUAUGCAUUCAUUAGCAUACACUGUAGUCACCGUACAAAUAUUAUGUUGACAUUCUGUAUAUUUAUAUGACAUGCGUAACACUGCCUGUAAGACUGUUGAGGUUGAAGAAAGCUUUUUACUAAUUCACCACCUCCUAAUGUCUGAAAUAAACAAAAAUAA